ACAAGUUGAACAUCAACCACACUCUCGAACACUCCGACGACCGGGCUAUCCUCGCAUUCUCGCCUUCAAGGUCGCCCCCAGCGGCGCACAGCUUAUCCUGAAGCAUCCUACACUCUCUUGCUUACAUCUUGAAUACAAUUAUCAUGCAACGACCGGGGCCUCUCCGCGAUAUUCCUCUUGACCGCGUCAAUCUCGCGGACAACGCUUCGUACCCUGUAUCCUUCAAACAUAGACCAAACAAACGCCCCCUUUCGCCAAACGCAUCUCCAAUCUGCACCCCUGUGAAGCGUCAGAUCACGAACCCGGACGCUGCAGGAUCUUCGGAGAAGAGCUCGCGAGCCCUGUUGUGGUCGCUCAUAGGCGACCCAUCCACGCCUGUGCGGGUGCAGGUCGCGCUCCCUGACAUCUCAGUCACUCCGCGCAAGCUCAGCUUUGGCGUUGCCGGGCCUGAGGAGAUCUCAUAUGGGUCGCCGAUGAAGUGUACGCCACCCAGUUCUCCUCGUCUUUCGGCGGCCUUCCUAUCUCCGGACGCCAUGGAUGUGGACGAUUGCUUCACCCCCACGCAACCGGCCACACCUCUGCCCCUGGAGCCUGUCAUGCCCGCUGCCACCGAUCGCAACUCCAUCCACUAUCCAGGUUUCGACGUCUACAUUGACAGGGACAAUACCUCUGUUAUGACGUUGCCGCCUUCCCUCUCGCGAAAGUCAUCGGUCGGAUUGAGCAGCGCGAAAAGGAGCAAGGAGCAUGACAAAGAGAAUAUCUCACCCCGGGUCAAGCUAACGAGAGCAGGAAAGGAGGAUACCGUGGGGAAAGCUGCUAUCGGCGCGUCGAUGAAGGCUGUUGGUGUGGAGAAUUGGGCGCCCCGCGCGUCAGAGGACGAAUACAGCCACUCGCCAAAGCCGAGGCUGAACCCGCACCAACUGGUCAACCGCGGUCAGGCCAUUCCUUGGCUGACUCCGGAUUGUGCGCCAUCAAGCAAUGUGGCGAUGCCGCUUCUAACGCGACUCAUGGAGGUUGGGGCAGAGGGAUCGGAAUGGGAGGAGGACAUGUAAUGCUUGCCGUGGAUUCUCAAACUCAAUCUCGCUAUCAUUGGAUGCCGCUUACUCCAUCAAGGACGCUCUACACACACAGUGAGUGCGUGCUUUUGUGAGCCCCAUAUGUUGUAACUGACCACAUCGCACACCCAGACCGCACAUAUACACUAUACCAACAUACUCUCCGCCAUCUCUCCGCAUUUCCAUGCUUCUUGAUGCUCCUCCCAUAUGCUCUAUGUUGUAAAAUAGAUUUCUCGCACAAGCAAUGAUUAUUCACUAUGUCCUGAGAGCUGU